AUGCAUAUGACGAAUGAUCGGCCAUUAUGAACUAAAAUCAUUUAGCAGUUUGUUCGAUUUGGAAAGAAACGGGGCUCAAUUGUUGCGAUUAACAAAAAAAAUAUACACUGCGAUCGAAUGUCGGUUUCCUCGCGAACGUCCAUCAAUCCGCCAGAGUCAGAAGAUGGCGACUCAAUUGCUGGCGGUUCAAGGGAGGACGGAGAUUCCACUGAUUCUAAAGUCGCCAUUCCAAGGCAUCUUGGUCUAUGGGGAUGUGUGUGGCAUACGAUCGGGAACAUCAUCGGGACGGGCAUCUUCAUCUCGCCUUCUGGCAUCCUCAGAGGAACCGGUGGAUCGGUGGGGCUGGCACUCAUCUUCUGGCCGGUUUGUGGUAUAAUUCAGACCUGUGGCAGCUUCGUGUAUGCCGAGCUUGCUGUCAUGGUAAAGAAGUCCGGAGGUGAACUGACCUUCCUCCAUGAUGCCUACGGUCCAGCCAUCGCCUUCCUCAAGCUCUGGAUCAUAGUGUUCUUCUUGACCGCUGGUUCGGCCAUCACGGCCAUCAUCAUCCCGGAAUACCUACUAACCCCUUUCUUCCCCUGCUCGGAUCCGCCCAUCCUUGCCGUCAGAUUCAUGGGCAUCUGCGUCGUAUUGUUCUUAGUUGGGAUAAACUGCGUGAGUGUCCAGGGACCUACUCGCUUUGCCGGCUUCUUCACCAUCACCAAGACCAUCGGGCUUAUUAUUAUCAUCACCAGCGGCAUGUAUAACUUGGCUACUGGCCAUACAACUUACUUAGCAAAUGGAUUCAGCACCGGUACUCCAAGUCUAAAGCUCUUACCUAUUGCAUUCUACGCAGGAACAUUUGCCUACGGAGGAUGGGAUGUUGUGGCUGCUUUGACGGAAGAAAUAAAACAACCAAAAAGGAACAUCCCUCUUAGUUUAUUAAUCUCCAUGACAAUCAUUAUCAUCGUCUAUGUGUUAACCAACAUCGCUUACUUCACACUUCUAUCACCCGAACAAGUGCUCAACUCUCCAGCAAUUGCCGCGGACUACAGCGUAAAAGCCUUAGGCAGAUGGUCUUGGCUAAUCUGGUUCUUUGUUUCUAUGUCAGCUAUGGGUGCUCUCAACUCAACCAUCUAUAAACGUGGAAGGCAACUCUUCGCCUUGGCACGAGAGGGCGUGCUACCCGAAAUCGCUGCAAUGCUUAACGUCAACUACCUCACCCCUAUCCCAGCGACCUUCGUCACCCUCAUCGGGCUCAUCUACCUAAUCGAAGAGGACAUCUUCAGCAUCAUCGCCUACGUCGGUUUCAUUGAAAACAUCUUUGAUACGAUGACGGUGGCGAUAUUGCCCUAUUAUCGAUGGAAGUACCCCAACCGGGAAAGAGAAUUUAAAUGCCCCUUGGUAUUGGCUAUUAUCUACAUGUGUGGCCAAGUCUUGGUUACUGUCCUUGCGUUCUACUUGGAUCCCGUGAAGAAAUCAAUCGGUCUUGCCGUCGUACUAACCGGGCUUCCGGUUUACUUCGCCUUCUACCACCCGCGGUACAAACUCAAACAAGAAUGGGUCAAGAAAACUUCAGUGAAACUGACGAGAUUUUUACAGAAGCUGUUCAAUUGCGUCCAUCAGGAGAAAAAGACCUUUUGAAUCGGACCGAAAUUCAUCUUUCCUUAUAUAUUUUUGUAAUGAAGUAAAAGUAUUAGAUUACUUUCUACAUGAACCACGUUUAUAGGCUACUGUAUUACACAAGUAAACCUUUUUCUGCAGAAGCGUUAUUGCAGGCCUAUGUCAUCCAUUUCAAAAAUAGCAGUUUGAUAUCAAGACGUAUUUUCACACAUAUUGACCGAGGGAAGGGGGUUGUUAGUUAACUCCCGCUUCCCUGCUAAAUGUAAUCGUUUCCAUUCAACUUUCAUUUUCUAAUAAACAUGGUAAAUGGCCAAUACUUUUGCUAUAACUUUGUAAAAGAAAUGAUUACAUGUAUGUCUACAAUUUGAAUUAAAAAAAAAAUAAGAAAAAAACAAGGGGCCAUUUCACACAUGAAUCCUGAAUCAUCAUUGUAAUGAUGAUUGCAAUUUGUCUUUAGAAUAAUCGGAUCGUAAUUGCUCCGCCCCCCCCCCCCCCAUAUGGUUUGGAGGUCAUUUUCACACGUAAAAUUCGUAACGUAAUUUGAGUGAGUAGAAUUUGAAAUCGUGAUUGUGAUUCUAUAUAUUUUUGGUUUACAAGUGCUAAAAAUUCGUCAUUAGCCUUAUUUUUCACUGGAAUCAUCAUUCAAAUUACGAUUUUUUUUUUACCACGUGAAAGGGCGGAAGAUUGAACACAAUCACGGUUAUCAGGGUAGGCACCAGUGUAUUUAGAUAAGACAAAAUGGCGGGUAAAUCCUUUUAUUUAUUUCUUUCUUUUGUUGUUUUUUUUUUGAAAAAAAAGGCAAUAGUGGUAUUUUAUACUUACAAGAAUUCUCUUGUCCUUAUGUUAGCGGUCACACACACACAAAACGAUGGCUGGCAGAUCAUCAAAUCAAAUAAAAUCAAAUAAUAUGUUAUUUUGGAUACCAAUAAUCGGUACGAGUUGGUGUCAUUUGUUUGCUUGUGAUGUUCAUGAUAUUCUUUGUCUCCUUUUCAUGUUUUCCCCUCUUUAUUGUAAUGAUGUCAAGUACGAAUCAGAAUAUGUUUUCAGCGAUAGACAUGGACGUAUUUUUAGAAAAAGAAAUUAUUAUAAUGAUAAUGUUCUAUUUAUCCGGUUCCGGGGGGGGGGGGGUCCGCCUAAUGUGAUUUUGGUUCCAUGACAUUUGCUCCGGCGACAAUUGCCCAACUGCAAAUUCCACACAUUAAUGGAAUGACCAACUUCAUCCCUAGAUUUUUAACACUAUACCCUUUUCUAAACCUAACCCUUUACCUAAAAUGAAUCAUAUUGCAACCCUAACCCCAUAUCUUAGAUGAGAUAAAGCACGGAGCAAUUGUCGCCGGAGCGAAUGUCGUGUCAACAUUUAUCAGUCUUUCCCCCCAAGAUACUAUAGCGGUCAAAAGAAUAUUAUUUUUUAUGUUUGAUAUUUUAUUUUUAGUAUAACUAGCGUAAAAAUUGCGCCUCCUCUGUAAUGAAAUUAACCGUCUGUUAAUGAUGCCAAUGAAAAUAAUGAUAAUUGUUACCACUUGUAAGGAUGAAAAUAAAAAUAAUAAUAAUUAAUAAUAAUUGGCAUUUAUAUAGCGCUUUAUCAAUCUACGACUGUUCAAAGCGCUACACAAUUAUUAUUCCCCGGUGGUCACUGGAUUCAUGUCAUUCCAAGCAGCCUGUUAUAGGCGCACACUUGCACACUUGCUAAACCAACCACAAUGACGGUUUUUUUUUUCUUAACAAGUGCACACCUAUUUACCAAUAAUGCAUAUAGCAUUUCCAUUUGUAGAUUAAAUGCCUUGAUCACGGGCAUAGGUGUCGCGGCCAGGGAUCGAACCCCGGACUUUCCAUGUAUAGCCACGUGCCUUAGACCACUCGGCCACGGCACCUGUUGUUUCCUACCGACGGUUGUUUCCUAAAAUGAUUACGUCGGUGGUGUAAAGUCUAUACCAUCGUCGUAAUCAUUUUUAGACUAUACUUAUAUUAUGCCUUCUAUAUCUUGAAUGUACUAUUUGAAAUAAAAUGAAUACUGAAAUU